ACUAAAGCCUUCCUCAUCAAAACCCUCCUAAUUUUAUAGAGAAGCUCGUCGCCGGUAAUUUCCUCUUUUCGUUUCCUCUGUCAGCUCUCAACGAAGAAGAAGGAAGAAGGUCCCAAAGCCGUACCGUCUACUUCUCAUCCCUGUGUAGCUAUGUCGAGGAGAAAGACGAGAGAACCCAAGGAGGAAAAUGUCACUCUGGGACCUGCCGUACGUGAGGGUGAGCAAGUCUUUGGAGUUGUUCAUAUCUUUGCAUCCUUCAAUGACACAUUCAUUCAUGUGACUGAUCUGUCUGGAAGGGAAACUCUCGUUCGUAUUACUGGUGGAAUGAAAGUAAAAGCUGAUCGUGAUGAAUCCUCUCCUUAUGCUGCUAUGCUUGCAGCUCAAGAUGUUGCUCAAAGAUGCAAGGAGCUUGGCAUCACAGCCAUGCAUGUGAAGCUGCGUGCCACUGGAGGAAACAAGACCAAGACUCCAGGUCCUGGUGCUCAGUCAGCCCUCCGAGCGCUUGCUCGUUCAGGCAUGAAGAUUGGUCGCAUAGUGUAUUGCAGAGGAUGUGACACCAAUUCCAACCGAUAGUACCCGUAGAAAGGGUGGUAGAAGGGGAAGACGUCUGUGAUUUUUUUCUCACAUGUCUCCUCAUUCCGUUUGGUUGCUUCUUCUAAACUCGCCAAAUCUUGUUGCAAAUUACUAUUUAAGACUUUUCAAUUUUUUAUCAAGGAAGAUAUGGAUAGAUCUGGAUGAUAGUGAACGUCUUUGAAAAACUUUUUAUACUUUAUUUCUGUUUUCUUUU